AUGCCCAAGAGGAAGGUCAGCUCCGCCGAGGGUGCGGCGAAGGAGGAGCCCAAGAGGAGAUCGGCGAGGUUGUCAGCUAAACCGGCUCCUGCAAAAGUGGACACGAAGCCAAAAAAGGCGGCGGGAAAGGAUAAAUCUUCAGACAAAAAAGUGCAAACAAAAGGGAAAAGAGGAGCAAAGGGAAAACAGGCGGAAGUGGCCAACCAAGAAGAGACUAAAGAAGACUUGCCUGCAGAAAAUGGAGAGACUAAAAACGAGGAGAGCCCAGCCUCUGAUGAAGCAGAAGAGAAAGAAGCCAAGUCUGAUUAA